UGUAUAUCAAAAGCCGUGGUGCUGUAUUUGCGUCAUGGAGGAUAUCCUGUCUGAAUACGUGACGCCUCUACGCAUGGCGUGUGGGGUGCUGUAUCCGCAUAAGGUCCUGGGCGAGGAUAUGACCAAGACUCUCUGUGCUAUCCAAGCCUUGGACACAAGGCCCGAUGAUAUCUUCCUGUGUUCGUUCCUUAAGUCAGGAACGCACUGGCUCUACGAGAUAUUAAAUAUGCUGGUUCAGGGCCAAGCUAAGUACACAAGGCACUGGAAGAACUCCAACGAAAUCGAGGUUGCGCCCCUUGAUGUCUUCACCAAGAUGAUGUCUCCUCGAAUUUUCCAAACUCAUUUGAGGUUUGAGUUUCUUCCUCAACAACUGCGCAUGAAGGGCCGGAUCGUGUACGUGGAGAGAGACCCGAAGUCUGUCUGUGUGUCUCUGCUGAAUUUCCUGAAAUUCCACAACUUGUUACGUCAGGAUAUUGAUUGGUCACUCUUUCUGAACAUGUUUGUCGAUGGCAAAGUUCCAUUUGGAUCUUGGUUUCACUACGUUCGGGAAUGGCGAAAAGUAACGAAAGAUUACCCCAAUAUACCCCUGCACGUCGUGUUCUUCGAAGAUAUGAAAGAGGAUCCUUUACUGGAAACACGGAAGCUUUCUGCGUUUCUGGGUCUAGAUUUGUCAGAGACUGUGUUGAAAGACAUCGUUGAUGCCUGUAGUUUUGAAAAUCUUAAAGAGGCGCACAAGAAAAAAGACUCCACAUACGCAUGGAUUGAGAAUGCAGCAUCACAUUACUUUUGGAAAGGAACCACCGACGAAUGGAAGAAUUGGUUUACUGUGGCUCAGAGUGAAUACUUGGACAAAGUCUGUGAAGAAAGGGGUGUAACCCGCAACAAACAUGGCACUAUAACUAAAUCAUAAUAUUUUGUAGGAAUUAUUUCAGGAAAAAACCCAACAGAUAUUUAAGUUAUAACCUCACCUCACUUCAUCUCACUUCACUAUAUUAUAAGCACAACUCUUUUUUUAAUACAUUACCUCACCCCACCAUAUUAGAACUUCAUUUGCUAAUGCAAAAUACAAAAAUAUGUCUUUAAAUAUAGUAUUAAUACACUUAUUGACUUAUAACCCCACCUCACCAUAUUAGAACUUCAUUUACUAAUGCAAAAUACAAAGACAACUCUUUUUAAAUACAGUAUUAAUAAACUUAUAACCUCACCUCAUCA